AUGGCCUCUUUACUACUCACUUGUUUCGGUCUGGCAAGCUCCAAGAUUACAGCUAAGCAAAGAGCCAAGAAGGAGCGCAAGCAAGAAUACGAACAAAAUUUCGAUUUAUUGAAGGAGCAGAAUGCAAACAGAGUUCGCCAACUUUCCAACCAAGGAGAACAUCACGGAUCAUUGGACGGCAGGACAUUGUAUGGUGAUGGAGUUACCGAUCACGGCCCUGAGAUGCAGCAACAUUCCAGAAACGGUUCAACAACGCCAAACACAACAUUCGCACCGCCAAAGUACGAUGACAUUGUUGAAGAGACGUCAUCAAGGCAUUCUGGAUGA